UUCCACGCACACGAAUUUUGGUUCUAAUAAUUUUAUUUAAUGGAUAACAAAGCUGACAAAUUAUGGAAAAAAGUAAUACGAGAUCAACAGAAGCGCAUGAAACCAGGAGAAUGUCUCAAAUAUGUACGUAUGGUGAUUGACAAUGGUUUAAUCAGUGAUUCUUUUGGUCAAGAAUUCUUGGCCGAGUUAACAAGUUCUCAACUAAAAUAUGAAGUCCGUCGCCUGCAAGUCGCUAAUUGCAUUAUUUGGGAGCGUAGCGUUGGACAAAGACAACUUUUACCCAGUGAUGCAGAAGAGUCAAGCAAUCCUCUUGAUGAAGAGUGGAAAACAGAAAAUCAAGUUUUACAAAUAAUUAGCGCAAAUGAACUACAAUACGCAGUAAAAGACCUAAGCUUGAUAAAUUUGGUGGACAAACUUCGUAGCUUGUAUCCCGACAAACAACAUACAAUUGGUAUAAUGCACAAUGAAAAGAAAAAGUCACAAAAUAGUACUAUUUCCAACGCUUUGAUAGAAAUGCAGAUUAUGCACUCUCUUAAUGUAACCGAAAUACCAGCAAAGAUGGCAGAGCUGGUUGCUUUGCUACGGCGUUUUACAAAAUCAAUUGCAGAAGCACCAUAUAAGCAACAGAAAUCGGAAACACUUGGAGGAUUCAAAAAAUAUUUAGCAAACGAUAAGAAACAGUGUGUGCGAGUUGUAGGCACAAAUGGAUUUGGACGUUUGUGGCAGCAGCAUCUGAAUCGUCUUCCACUCGUCACUUUGGAAAUUGCAGAGUCAAUUAUUUCCCAAUAUUCUUGUCCAAAAAAAUUGUUAGAAGAAUACGAAAAUAAUCCGAAUGCAACAGAUGUUAUUGCUGAAUUAAGAAUAAGCAGAGGUGGACCACAGCCACUGCAAACAGAUCGCCGUAUUGGAAAUGUCCUGAGUAAAAAAUUGCAUACAAUUUACAAUACACGAGAUCCGAACGCGCUUGUUUAGAAAAAUGUAUUUAUAAAAUUUAUGCAUUAACAUUUUAUUUACUAUUUAAC